AUGAGAUAUGUGAAGCCACCUAUUUUUACACUAUGUGUUGGGAAUGCAUGGGGAGAAGCUGCAUUACUAUUGGCUGCUGGAGCAAAGGGAAAUCGGUCAGCAUUGCCCUCAUCAACCAUCAUGAUAAAACAGCCAAUUGCAAGAUUUCAAGGUCAAGCAACUGAUGUUGAGAUUAUGAGAAAGGAAAUAAAGAAUGUGAAGACUGAAUUGGUGAAACUGUAUGCAAAGCAUAUAGGGAAGACAACAGAGCAGAUCGAAGAGGAUAUAAGGCGUCCAAAAUAUUUUAGUCCUAGUGAGGCUGUUGAAUAUGGAAUCAUUGAUAAGGUUAUUUAUAAUGAAAGGGGGAGCGAAGAUAGAGGAGUGCUUUCGGAUUUGAGGAAAGCACAACUACUUUGAGAUCAUUGGUUUAAAAAAAUUUAAAUAUUGGUCAUAUGGGUUUGUAAUAGGGAAAGGUAGUUUGAAAGUCCAAAAUAUUUUUGAUAGUUCAACUAUGUGUUUCUUGAAAUUCUUUUCAUGAUAAAGUUGUUUUGCUAUGUAAGUGAUUUGAUAUACCUUUAUCCCUACAAAAAUGAAUGAUGAUCACACUGGAU